AUGACUGAGAAAAUGCUCAAUUUCACCGAUGUGACAGAGUUUAUUCUUUUGGGACUAACUGGUCAUCGAGAAUGGCAAGUUCUCUUCUUCAUCAUUUUCCUAGUAGUCUAUCUCAUCACCAUGGUGGGUAAUAUUGGCAUGAUCAUGUUAAUUAAGGUCAGUCCACAGCUUAACAGUCCCAUGUACUUUUUCCUCAGUCAUUUGUCAUUUGUUGAUGUUUGGUUUUCUUCCAAUGUCACCCCUAAAAUGUUGGAAAACUUGUUAUCGGAGACAAAAACUAUUUCUUAUGCAGGUUGUUUGAUCCAGUGUUUCUUCUUCAUUGCCCUUGUCCAUGUAGAAAUUUUUAUUCUUGCUGUGAUGGCCUUUGAUAGAUACGUGGCAAUUGGGAACCCUCUGCUCUAUGGCAGCAAAAUGUCAAGGAUUGUCUGUAUUCGACUGAUUUCUUUCCCUUACAUAUAUGGUUUUCUGACCAGUCUGGCAGCAACGUUAUGGACUUACGGCUUGUACUUCUGUGGGAAAAUUGAGAUCAACCACUUCUACUGUGCAGACCCACCUCUCAUCAAACUGGCCUGCGCUGGGACCUUUGUAAAAGAAUAUACAAUGAUCAUACUUGCAGGCAUUAACUUCACAUAUUCUCUGACUGUAGUGAUCAUUUCAUAUCUGUUCAUUCUCAUUGCCAUUCUACGGAUGCAGUCAGCAGAAGGAAGGCGGAAGGCCUUUUCCACCUGUGGGUCCCAUUUGACAGCUGUCAUCAUAUUUUAUGGAACUCUUAUCUUUAUGUAUCUCAGACAUCCCACAGAGGAGUCUGUGGAAGAGGGGAAAAUGGUGGCUGUGUUUUAUACCACAGUGAUCCCUAUGUUGAAUCCCAUGAUCUACAGUCUCAGGAACAAAGAUGUGAAAGAAGCCAUGAACAAAGUGAUCAGCAGGACAUGUUUGACACAAUAA